UCCCGGUCAGCGCCCUUAGCCGCUGGCGCGUUGUUGGUUUCGGGUUGUCAGGCAGCAGCAGCGCAGGCUGUGACCAGUGACCAGAGAUCCAGCGGCCGAGGAGGUGCGGCUCGACCAUGUCCAGUUUCAUGGCCUGAACCCCUCCACCUGCCACAACAUGAAGGACAGCGGGGACUCCAAGGACCAGCAACUCAUGGUGGCACUCCGGGUCCGGCCCAUCAGUGUGGCAGAGCUGGAGGAAGGAGCCACCCUCAUUGCCCACAGAGUGGAUGAGCAGAUGGUGGUUCUCAUGGACCCCAUGGAGGACCCAGAUGACAUCCUGAGGGCACAUCGCUCCCGGGAGAAGUCCUACCUGUUUGAUGUGGCCUUUGACUUCACUGCCACCCAGGAGAUGGUGUAUCAGGCCACCACAAAAAGCCUUAUCGAAGGUGUCAUCUCAGGCUACAAUGCCACUGUCUUUGCCUAUGGCCCCACAGGCUGUGGGAAAACCUACACCAUGCUGGGCACAGAUCACGAGCCCGGCAUCUACGUUCGCACCCUCAAUGACCUCUUCUGUGCCAUUGAGGAGACCAGCAACGACAUGGAGUAUGAGGUGUCCAUGUCCUAUCUGGAGAUCUACAACGAGAUGAUCCGGGACCUGCUGAACCCUGCCCUGGGGUAUCUGGAGCUGAGGGAGGACGCCAAAGGGGUGAUCCAGGUGGCCGGAAUCACUGAGGUCUCCACCAUCAAUGCUAAAGAGAUCAUGCAGCUGCUGAUGAAGGGAAACCGGCAGAGGACCCAGGAGCCCACGGCCGCCAACCAGACAUCCUCACGCUCUCACGCAGUGCUGCAGGUGGCUGUUCGCCAGCGCAGCCGGGUCAAAGACGUCCUGCAGGAGGUGCGGCAGGGCCGCCUGUUCAUGAUAGACUUGGCCGGCUCCGAGCGCGCCUCCCAGACACAGAACCGCGGACAGCGCAUGAAGGAGGGGGCCCACAUCAACCGUUCCCUGCUAGCCCUGGGCAACUGCAUCAAUGCGCUCAGUGACAAGGCCAGCAACAAGUAUGUCAACUACCGCGACAGCAAGCUCACUCGGCUCCUGAAGGACUCCCUGGGGGGGAACAGCCGCACUGUGAUGAUUGCUCAUAUCAGUCCAGCGAGCAGCGCCUUCGAGGAGUCCCGGAACACCCUGACCUAUGCUGGCCGGGCCAAGAACAUUAAGACCAGGGUGAAGCAGAACUUGCUUAACGUCUCCUAUCACAUCGCCCAGUACACCAGCAUCAUCGCUGACCUGCGGGGCGAGAUCCAGCGGCUCAAGUGCAAGGUUGAGGAACAGGCUGGGCGGGGCCCAGCCCGGGGCCGGCUGGCACGGGGAGACAUACGCCAUAUCCAAGCCGAGGUCCAGCUGCACAGUGGGCAAGGUGAGCAGGCCGAAAUGGGACAGCUUCGGGAGCAGCUCAUCAAUGCGUUCCAAGAGCAGAUGGACGUGCGGAGGCGCCUGCUGGAGCUGGGGAACCACGCCAUGGAGGUCCAGAUCGACACCUCCCGCCAUCUGCUCACCAUUGCCGGCUGGGAGCAUGAAAAGUCACGCCGGGCCCUCAAAUGGCGGGAGGAGCAGCGGAAGGAAUCCUACACCAAGGAUGACAGCGAAAAGGACUCUGACACAGGCGAGGACCAACCAGAUAUCCCGGAGCCCCCAGAGGUGGCCACAGCCCAGGAGAGCAUCGCAGCCCUGGUGGGCGAGCAGAAGAGCCUUCGUAAGCAGAAGCUGGCGCUGGAGCAGCGCUGCCGGGAGCUGCGCGUGCGGGGCCGGCGCUUGGAGGAGACGCUGCCUCGGUGCAUCGGCUCCGAGGAGCAGCGCGAGGUGCUCAGCCUGCUGUGCCGCGUGCACGAGCUCGAGGUGGAGAACACGGAGAUGCAGUCACACGCGCUGCUCCGCAAUGGCGCGCUCCGCCACCGCCACGAGGCCGUGCGCCGCCUGGAGCAGCACCGCAGCCUCUGCGACGAGAUCAUCCAGGGCCAGCGACAGGUCAUCGACGACUACAACCUGGCCGUCCCGCAACAUCUGGAGGAACUUUACGAAGCCUACCUGCGGGAGCUGGAGGAGGGCAGCCUGGAGCGGGCCACCAUCAUGGACCAUGUAGCCUCCAGGGCCCUGCAGGACAGCUCUUUGCCCAAAAUUACAGUGGGAGGAGACACAAUGACCCCAGAUUCUGACCCAGAGAGUGUGAAGAUGCUGAACUCUGACACUCAGCAUGUGCAGAACAGCACCCUCCGCACCCUCAGCACAGAGAGUGAAGUCCACCGUGUGUUCGAGGCCAGUCCCAGGGUCUGGCAAAUGAAGAGCUCCUCUGUGCCCAUCCCACCUCCCAUCCAGAUUGGCAGCCUGGUGAGCCAGGAGGUCCCCACUCAGGACAGCCUAGGCAGCCGGAUCAACUCUUCCCCCGACAGUAGCGAGAAUCUGUCAGAGAUCCCCUUAUCUCAUAAAGAGAGGAAGGAGAUCCUGACGGACACCAAGUGCAUCUCAGUGAAGGCUGCCCGGAGGCGCUCCCGGGCCCUGGGCAGUGAAGGUCGCCACCUGCUGGCAGCCGCGACAGAGCACAGCAGCCUGUCCCUGCAGUCUCUGAGUGAGGCUGACGACGUGCAGCCACCUGGCCAGUUGGCCUCCAAGCGGCUGCCCAGCCCCACGCUGCAGCACGCUGCCAGCGAGGACAACCUCUCCAGCAGCACUGGCGAAGCCCUGCCCUUGGCAGUUGGGCAUCGAGGUGACGGCCCUGGGUCCUGGCUGCAUGGCCAGAAGAAAAAUCCAGGCAAGAAAAGGGAGGAGUCCCUGGAAGCCAAGAAGAGGAAACGGAGGUCCCGGUCCUUCGAGGUCACAGGGCAAGGGGUGAGGCGAGGAGCAGGAGGUGGGGCAUCUGGGCUUCUUUGGAUGGGGGGUAAGGCUGGAUUCCUCCUGGGGCCCCAGGACACCUCCACCCUGCACCACAAAGCCUCUGUCCUCAGGCUGGCAUUGUUGCUAGGACAGAUCCUGGUAGCAGAUCUCUGCCUUACCUCACUGUUCAACCAACACAGCUCUCCUGCCCCAAGACACACCUCCUGGGGACCACAGGACACUCACGUCCUGUGGAACACAGGAUGCGACCAUCGCCUGGAACCCGGCAUCCAGGAAAGGUCACGCUGCCUUUGGCCAAAGUCAAAUUCCCUCCAAGUCAGAACACAGGCCCUGGGGACACCUCACCCCUUGCUGUUCACCCUAACCCAGCUGGAAUUUCCCGACGGGCUACUCAUGGGCCCCGCUUGCCCCACGGCACAAGCACCCAUGGCAAAGAUGGACGCUUCUGGCAUAACUGAGGGGCUCUGCCUGGGACUGGCUCUCUUGCUGCCCAAGACAAAAUGGGGUGCAGUAGGGAAUGGGAGGUGGAAGCUGGGCAGAUGGGGAUGACCUGGAAGCAGGAGCUCAGGGUCUCAAAAGGCCAGGGCUCCUGCAAUACAGGAAUUGCAGGGGUGUCUUCCCAACCCGUCCACAAUUUCAGUGCCACCUGGGAAGGGUGGUGAGGCCAGGGAGAUGCCUCCAGAAUGGCUGGGCUCUUUGGCCUCCCAGCUCUGGACAGAAUGUUGUUGCCAAAACUCUGCACAGAUCUGUGGCCAGUCUUGGCUUUGGAAUUGUGGGAGAGGAGCUGUUCUUGAGAUGAGGCUGCUGGCCCACCUCUACAGCAAGGGCACCCUGGAUGGUUGGAGAGGGGCCAAUAGGCAUUUCUAAUAUUAUGGUUGGGGUGGGGGAGGGAAUCUGAAUCUGGUUUUGUUACUUGGUAGUGGCUUUUCCCCUCUUCUUUUUUAACAGUAAAAUCCCAUUUGGGUCUUGAUGGUUGUGUUGGAAACUAGACCUUGUCUGGAAUGUGGAGUGGUCAUGACUGAUUAAGAUUCAACCAACUCCUUUCCCUUCCAUGCCUGCUCCCCCCCACAGACCAUCUCCCCCUGGCUAGCUGUAUAGCACCAGCCUUCAACCCCCUGGGGAAAGGGUUUUUUCUAGACCCUGAGUCCAUGCCCCCAUCCUAUCAGCCUUCACACCUCCCCAGGGCCCCUCCUAGGGAGUAAUUGGGGAGUUGGGGUGGCCCAGAGUGCAGAGAACCUUACAGUCCAGAUGAGGUGGUUACCCACUGGAGGUCAGGGCUCAGAAAUUGCCUAAUCAGCCCCCUCAGCUUCCAAGUGAGGAAUUUCCUGCAUGGGAUACUGGGAUGCCCCAGGCUUCUUAGACUGGCCAGGUCUCUGGCCAUUCUGGUGUUCUUACCU